CAAACCACCUUUGGCCGCGGAUUACUGACGCGGAGCCUUUACGCACAUUUCACACUUGUAAGUCGCCCUAUAAGCCGCAGCGCUGCCGCCGUCCUGGUUUCGCUGAGGCCUAUUUUCUGGGCCACCCGGUACGCGUGGGUUGUUCGGCUCAGCGGAGGGCCAGAGAUGCUGUGAGAGGGGGAGAAACGUCGCCGGCGGACUGUGUCACUGCGAACUACGCGAGGCGCGUCACUCUCCCGCUACUCGCGUCGAAACGUGGCGAAGCGCUCAUCUCCGAGGCUCUCUGGUGUCGCAGGCGUUCAAACAUUAACGCCCGGCGUUGCCGUUAGAAUAAACGAUUAUGCCGGAGAUGAAAGGUAAGACGCAUCGAUUAUUCAUCGGCCGCACAUUUUAAGCGCUAAACCGAAGGGUUUAUCUGCGGCAUCACUUUCUGAGCUCCCAAGGCGACUGCCGUAGUGCCGGCGUCCAGCUGGUGUUUUGUUUAUUACGAAACAACCUCGUGGCCGGCAUGUUAAAGCGCAUCACUGGAAGUUUGCGACCUGUGCUGAAACGUCCUGAAGUGGGCUGCGUUCGUGGUCAGCGCAGACACCUCCAGGGGACGCGUCACACGGCCGCCGAGUCAACGUGUUAUUUGAAGUUACAUGAUGACUGCCUCGAGCUCAGCUACAGAGGCAAGCCGAUGCGCUUCGUGUACGUCUGGCUCCGGGAUCACUGUCGCUCCGCGUCCUGCUACAACAGCAAGACCAACCAGAGGAGUUUGGACACGGCGAGUGUGGACCUUAACAUUCGCCCAGCCAAGUCGAGGGUGGACGAUGGCCAUCUGUUCCUCACAUGGCCAGAUGGUCACGUGACAAAAUACAGCCUGAGCUGGUUGGCUGAGAAUAGCUAUGAAGGAAGGAGACAGAGUGCCAUACAGCCACGCAUCCUUUGGGAUUCUGACAGCUAUACAAACUCAAACGUGCCGUCUGCAAACUGGGACAAGUUCAUGAGCUGCGAUGAUGAACUGAAGAAAUUUCUCCAGAGCUUUCUGCUCUAUGGGAUCGCUUUUGUGGAGGGCGUCCCAGCAACAGUUGACGCUACAGAGACCGUUACCCAAAGGGUCAGCCUGAUCAGAGAGACUUUGUAUGGGAGAAUGUGGAGCUUCACCUCAGAUUUCUCCAGAGGAGACACUGCGUACACCAAACUGGCUCUGGACCGUCACACAGACACGUCAUACUUCCAGGAGCCAUGUGGAAUCCAGGUCUUCCACUGUCUGAAGCAUGAGGGGACUGGAGGAAGAACCCUUCUCGUGGACGGAUUCUUCUCUGCAGAAAAAGUGCUCCAGCAGUCGCCUGAAAACUUUGAGCUGCUCACACGUGUACCUAUCAGGCACGAAUAUGUUGAAACUACGGGAAACCACCGAAACCACAUGGUCGGCAUCGGCCCUGUGCUCAACGUGUAUCCUUGGAACAAUGAGAUUUACAUGAUACGAUACAACAACUACGACCGUUCAGUGAUCAAUACCGUUCCCCAUGAUGUUGUCCAGCGAUGGUAUGCUGCACAUCGAGAGCUGACCACAGAACUGCGGCGGCCAGAAAACGAGCUUUGGGUGAAGCUGACACCAGGCAAGGUACUUUUCAUCGACAACUGGCGUGUCAUGCAUGGGAGGGAGUCUUUCACAGGCUUGAGGCAACUCUGCGGAUGCUACCUGACCAGAGACGAUGUCCUGAACACUGCUCGCUCCUUGGGUCUGCAGGCCUGAGCAUCUCUUUUUAAAGCUUUAUAUCAAAUAUGGAUUUUAAACUAUGAAUCCUCACGUCAGACAAUCAACCAAUUCCAGUCCUGUGGCUAAUUGUGAUUCUCUUACUCAUCCUUGUAUAUAAAUUGUGUUACAUGCCCUCGUUCUUGUUUACUCAGACAUAUGAAGAUUAAACUUCAUAUGUUUGACAAAACAUGCAAGGAAUGUAUGAUGAUUGUCGGAUUAAGUGAUGCUUGGAAAGCCAUGCUAUUGUCAAUGCGUUUCUAGUCAUAUGAUCAUGCAGAGAUUGAGCCGAUUGUUCAGUUGUAGCUGAUUUUCAUCCUUUGGCAAUUUGUAGCGUUUCGAAAUUUAUUUUGUGAUCACGUAUGAACAACUGCAAUAAAAUUCAAACAAUA